AUGAAGAUCUUUCCGGUUCUGGCAGUUUUCGUGCUCUGCCUCGCGGCAGCACAUGCUGGCACGAGUCGUCCCCAUGUGGUGCGCCUCCAUCAGGUGACACGCUCCGAGUACAACGAGCUCCUGCGCCUCACCCAGGGCAAGGAGAUGGUCUCCGAGGCUCGGCUGCUCAGCAGCUCGUUUGCUGGCAUCAAGGGUCUGGCUGCUGGAGUUACGGGUGGCCUUGCCGCUGGCAAUUUCCUUCCGGCGCUCUUCAGCUCCAGCCCCAGGGAGGUGAUCACCAAGAAAGGCCAGCCCCUGUGCGUGAUCUCCAACAAAAACGUGGACGAGGACGAUGAGGAAAGCAAACGGUCGAUUAGCGUGGCAUACGAGUCGAACAGUGCUUCUAGCUCCUCUUCGGGCGGCUCCAGCGGCAGUGGAGGCAGCAGUGGACACGGAAGCGGCCACGGAAGUGGAAGCAGCAGUGGACAUGGUAGUGGACAUGGUAGUGGACACGGAAGUGGACACGGAAGCGGCAGUGGUAGUGACAACGAUGACGAGGGUACACCCACUGUCAAUUGCAUACUGAUCAUCAACGGCACCGACACCACUUCGAAGCCAAGCUCUGGCGGUUCUGGAAAGCCACCCGGACACACUCCACCGCCGAAAUAUGGGGGAUACCCGCCCUAUCCCCCACCUUUCGGAUACCCCUACCCCGGAUAUUAUCCCCCUUACCCCUUCCCACCACCACCGCCACCACCAAAACACAAGACUCGAUCGUUCGAUCGCUCGAUCGAAGCACCCGUGGACGUGAGUCGCCUGAUCGAUGCCUACAACGGCUACUAUUAUCAGCCGAGGGAGUUCACGCCCAGAUAUCGCAAGGGAUCUCGGGCCAGCCAAGAGAGUUCCUCUGCGUACCAGCCAGCCAGCUACCCCCAGCAGGAGUACGCCUCCAACUACCCAAAGGUUGUGCGUAACUACGGCCUGACCCAUCCGGCUCCCGUUUACGUGCGGACGCCACAGUUUGACCAGGAACAGUAGCGACACUACACCAUA